AUCUUUAAAAAAUGUACAAUAAUUCUAACCAAGAUUAUUACUAAUACAAUCAGAAUACUUAGCAGCAGUAUCAACAAUAAUAACAACAACAAUAAUAUUAUAAUCCUUAGGCCUUUGACACAUCAGAUGGAAAAGCUUAAAAAGCUAAUAAUAAUUUUGGAUACAUGGGGGACUUUUAAGAUUCUUACAUUAGAGCAGAUUUCGUCAAAAAGGUGUACACUCUUUUGACAAUGGAACUUUUGAUCACCUUAGGAAUGAUUGCUUUAGGACUAUACACAGGGAUGGCUAAUUGGCUAGUAUAGAUAGAAUUGGAUGAUGAUGUCAUCCUUUGUUAUUAUCAAGCUUUUGGACCCAUGUAUUGUGAAUCAUAUCAUUAUUAAACUAUCUAACCUUAUCCUACUUGGCUAUUCUAUGUGUCUUUUUUUGUUGCAUUGAUAAUGUAAUGUGCACUAUACUGUGGUGGAAAUCUUGCAAGAAAAGCUCCUGUUAAUUACAUAGUCCUAUUUCUAUACAUUGUAUUCUUCGGAUUCACUCUAACAACCUUUUGCAUAUUAAUGGCCAUGUAUUGGGGAUAGGCUAUUGUUUGGUAGGCCUGGGGAAUCACUUUUAUAAUAGUUUUGGCAUUGACAUUAUAUGCAUGCAAGACGAAAACUGAUUUCUCUUUCAAAAUUGGUGCAAUUUUCAUUCUAUGUCCAACCAUAUUGAUGUUAGCCAUCAUGUUAUGCAUUUGGUGGAGUUAUGCUGUCUAUAUCUUGUUGUGUACCCUAUUUAUAGUAAUCUAUGGAUUCUAUUUGAUAUGGGAAACCUAAUUGAUUAUGGGCAAAGGAAAACUAAAAUUAUCAAUUGACGAUUAUGUGAUUGGAUCAUUGUUGCUCUACGCUACUAUAAUUUAGUUGUUCCUCAGAAUCAUAGAAAUCUUAGCCAUAGCCCGUGGAAAAUGAAAGUUAUAAUAAUAAUAAUAAUAUCAAUAUCAACAUUACUUA